UGGUUAUCUAACUAAUGGUAUCGUCAUAAUCAGACAGUCAGUAGUUCUGCUCUUCUGUCGUUAGUGUGUAUUUGUGUUUCUAGCGUUGUUGUUCUGUGUGAAUGGACUAAACAAAAUAUAUCCCGUUGUAACUUGAUUAGGCGUUUAAUUAUACCAAAUUGCCAUUUCGUUGGGCUUACAAAAACCAGUCGUGUCAUAAUCAUCAAAUCCACGGAGCGUUCAGUUAAAGUAUGGCAACACUAUUAAAAUGGGCUCAAAAUACUACCCAAGGUAAAAAUAACAACAAAAAUAACAGCACCAAUGGCGAACGGAAAUGGAUUCACCCUCCAGAAGCGUUACAAAAAGGUCAUGUGGCGUAUCUGGUCAAAUUUCUCGGAAAUACUGUAGUAGACCAACCAAAAGGAAUAGAAGUCGUAAAAGAAGCAAUACGAAAAUUACGUUUUUCGCAGCAACUGCGUAAAAGCGAAACAGGUGCCAAAACGCGUAAAGUCGAAUUAACGGUAAGCGCAGACGGUGUAGCCAUCCAAGAGCCUCGUCAUCAUAAUAUCUUACAUCAAUUUCCCCUACACCGAAUAUCCUACUGUGCGGAUGAUAAAGGCGAAAAAAAAUUUUUCUCCUUCAUCGCCAAACAGCAGAACCAAGAUAGCGAUCAAGAAGAAAAACACGAAUGUUUCGUAUUCAUAUCUGAUAAGUUAGCGGAAGAAAUUACAUUAACUAUAGGUCAAGCCUUUGAGCUCGCUUACAAGCGCUUUCUAGAGACCUCGGGAAAAGAUCUGGAGUCGCAGAGGCGAGCAAUGGUGACGCAACAGAAGAUCAAACGACUCGAACAGGAAAAUAAUAUUUACAAACAGAGGCUUUUGGAAAUCACCCGCUUUAAUAGUAUUAAAUUUGAACUCGACCAAUACUUGAAAAAGCACGAAAUUCGAAGUUUGCUAGAACUUCCACUAGGCCAGUCUACAAAUUCUAGCAGUGAUAUAUCUAGUGUGCAUCCGGAGCACGUUAACGGAAAUAUUAGCGAUCAGUUGGUAGAUUUUGGUGCCUCGGAGACUACCAACGGUAAUGGAAUCGCGCCACCUGUACCCCCCAGGCAGUUUGACUCGGCGCCGACCGUUGGAACAAAAUUGGAGGGGUUGCUGCUCAAUGAAUUGGAUCAUGACGAUGACUUUGAUCCAAGAUCGUACGAAAGCAAUCAUAACACAACGCACGCUCUAAUUAUGAAUGGAAACGCUUCAAAUCCGCCCCCAUUAUUGGCUCCCCCUCCUAAAGCUGCCCGGAGAAGUAACAUCAAUAAUAACAACAUGGAGAAUUUGCAAAGGACAUUCGGACAAGAUCUGUUUGGUGUCUCUCCUUUUGUAUCACAAACAGCUGUAACCCCGUCUCCUAACAGUGUAAAAACAUCUGAUCCUUUCGAAAUGGGAGAUUUUGCCACUGCUGCUACGCCCCAAGAUAUUGAAAAUGCCAUCGGCUUGUUGGAUAAACGGAUAUUGGAAAUGAAGACUGGUUUUAGUCGUGGUAUCAGUUUUGGAAAUGAAGAUUUUUCUUUGGAAAGUCUAGAUCCAUUAAAGAAUUAAAUUUUUGAUAAAUGUAAGAUAUAUUUAUUAUUGGAAACGCCCAGGCUCCUAUCAACGUGAUUCUAACCUAGAUCAAAAAAUAUACCUACUUUAAAAUACUUUAAGAUUAAUUUUAAGUAAAAAGUAUUAUGUAGAUCUGAUCUAUAUGUUAU